CGCAUUAAUAGACACCUUGGGUCACUCCUCUUUCAGCACCCUACACAGUUUAAUAGAAGAAAGAGCUUCAAAUAGCCAGGAGGAGUUUCACCCACACAGUUGUAGCUCAGCUUACUCUCCCUGGUACAGCUUUGCUGUUGGGUGGGUGGAAGGCAGGAUUAGGGAUCUGGAUGACUCAGAGAAGUGGCCCAUACAUUUCUCCUGGUCAUUUUUUAUAUGGGAGAGAGAGGGAGAGUAGCCUGACACUGGGCUCUUUCUGCUUCUGAGCAAUUGUCACCUUCUGUUUGAAAACUCUGCUCAGAGAGUGAAACCCAGAAACGAUGGCUGCAGCUGGGUUAGCACAGUGUCUGUCCCAUCGUCUGGUUCCUAGGACUCUCCAAACCUGGCUGCUAUACAGAAAGGACAAGCCUGGCUGUUGUCGCUACUACAGGGCAGCAAUCUGCAGGAAGCUGAAGGACCCCUUGGCUAUUGAGGAAGUUCCCUCUCGUCCUAUCCAGCCUGAUGAGGUCAGAGUUGAUGUCCAUUUCUGUGGGGUUAACUUUGCAGACAUCUUGACCUGCCGGGGACGGUAUCAGGAGAGUCCACCACUUCCCUUCACACCUGGAAUAGAGCUUGCGGGACAGGUAAUGGAGACAGGCACGAAUGUCAGCACAGUAAAAGAGGGAGAUCGGGUCAUUAGUGUGAUUAACUUUAACACCAUGGCUGAACAAUGCAUUGUUGAUCAGAAGAAAUUGUGGCAGAUUCCAGAAGGAGUCUCCUACCAAGAAGCUGCUGCCCUUCCUGUAUGCUAUGGCACUGCCAUCUUGGCUCUGGAGCAGCGGGCACGGACACAGCCUGGGGAAACUGUUUUGGUGACAGCAGCAGCUGGAGCCACAGGACUUGCCUUGAUAGAUGUAGCAUCAAACAUUCUCCAGGCCAAGGUGAUUGCAGCCGCUGGAAGUGAUGAGAAAUGCAAGCUGGCACUGCAGAGAGGGGCGAAGUCCGCUGUGAAUUACAGUCGGGGCAACAUGAAGGAGGAACUGAAGAAGCUAACAGGCGGGCAGGGGGUCAAUGUGGUCAUUGAAGCUGUGGGAGGUGAUGUCUGCCUGGCUGCACUCCACAGCCUGGCUUGGGAGGGCAGGAUGGUGGUGAUAGGCUUUGCAGGAGGAUCCAUUCUGUCCAUUCCAUCCAAUCUGCUCCUGGUGAAGAACACGUCAGUCAUGGGAAUCUACUCGACCCGAUAUCUGAAGGAGAAUUUCCCACUCUUCUCAAAGUAUAUGUCCUCAAUUCUUCAGUACUGCCAGGAAGGAUCCAUCAAGCCACACAUUGGAAGAAUCUUUAAGCUGGAAGAGAUCAAUGAAGCCUUUGAGCAUGUGACCCAGCGCAAAACUACAGGCAAGGUGAUUCUUUCUGUUAAAUGAACUUGCCAAUUAAGACCUGACCAUCCAAGCCCUUCCUUGUGACUUCAUUGGGGAAUUUACUGUCUUCACAUUUGUGCUGUCUUGGAGAGAAUGGGGAUAUGCAGCAAAUGAAUUCUCUUGCCGCCAUGCUUUUGUUCCAUUGGACUCCCAUGUCUAGAAAGCACUUUUUUCACCCUUUGACCUUCCAAAAUACAAAUCAGAUGCCAUCCCUCUGAUCUAUCUCGACAGCUCUAUCUCUUCCCCAGCUCUCUUUCUGGAAAUCUCUUUGUUUCACAUUUGCAUUUGCUUAUAAAACCUAACCCCUAGAAUGAAAGCUCCUCAAGGGCAGGUAUCUACUUUGGUUUUUAGGAAGAGUGGAUAGAUUUAGAAAGAGUGGAUAUAUUCCCCAGCAUCUAGCAACUUGUGCAAAGGAGAUGAUGAAUGUGGGACAACUAGGUGGAACAGUGGGCAGGUAGGUGGUACAGUGGAUAGAGUGCCUAGCUUGGAGUCAGGAAGACUCAUCUCUGAGUUCAAAUCCGGCCUUACUAGCUGUGUGACCUUGGUUAAGUCAUUUAUCCCAUUUGCCUCAGUUUCCUCAUCUGUAAAAUAAGCUGCAGAAGGAAAUGUCAAGCCACUCCAGUAUCUCUCCCAGGAAAACCCCAAGUGAAAAAAGACUAAACAAUAACAACAAGUGGAUGAAAUUCUGGACCUGGAGGAAGAUCUGAGUUCAAAUUUGGUCUCAGAUACUCUGUCUUAUGUGACUCUGGGAAAGCCAUUUAACCUUCUUUCUGCCUCAUUUUCCUUACCUUUAAAAUAGGCAUAAUUUUAGCACCUAUCUUCCAGAGGUAUUGUGAGGAUAAAAUGAGAUAAUAUUUGUAAAGUCUUUAGCAUAGUACCUGGGCAAUUGUAGGUAUUUCAUAAAUGUUUAGUCCCUUCCUUUCCCCCCUUAACAACCUAUGUUUGAUGCCAGAGUGAACACGGAUCUUUCUGUAGAAGGCUGGUUGAUAGGGAAGAUAGGAACCAAGUCUUAUAUAAUAUAUUUACAUAUACAAUAUUAUAUAUGAUUAGAUUAAUAUAUUAUAUAUUACAUAUAUACAUUUGGGUUCCAUUAUACAGAUGAUGUCCCCAAUACUUGAGGUAGAUUUUAGCUAUUACUGUUAUGUGGUAUGGCAGGUAUGUUUCUUUUACUAUCUGCACAGGAUGACACAGACACACAUCUCCCAGAGGACAUCAUGUCGUAUCAUUUGCUGGGGCAAAGUUCAACUUGUUCAUUGUCCAAGUCUGCAUUGAGAAAGGCCAAUAAAAGCUUUCAAGAGUGCCAA